CUCAGGAAACACAUCCUGUUGCAGACUGACUCCAGCGGCCAAUAUGUUUGUUGCAGACGAGAGAGAGAGGACUUCAGCAAACGCCCCCUGGGCUCCAGACAAAAGAAUACACAACAGUGACGUCCAAGAGGGGGUCUUCUGGACAUUCUCUCACACGAACACACACAUUUAAAGUGAUCCUGAAGGAGGGAGACAUCUUUAUGAAGCUUGCUACAGUUGCGAACUGAUGUCAGGGACUAUGACGAAGAGCAACUCCCCCACAUUUCAACUCUGACCUAAAGGAUUUGCAGAUAGUGAGCGAGGGAGAGAGGGUAAGACAGAAAACAGAAGAGGGAGGUGGUUUAAAAGACUCCUAAUUCCAGCCGAGCACUCUUUGGAAUAGAGAAUCUUAUUUCUGAGGAUCUUGGUAUAUUUGCAGCUGGACUUCUCCAAAUCUUCUGCAUGUACAGAAAAUUCAGCUGCAAACAUAGAAGUCAGAGCAGUGUGAUAAGCAGAACACUAGGAAAAGGAGAAGACUAACCCUAACAGGAUAGGGUGAUCAAGCAAGGAGCAGUCUAAGAGUCAAGCUGCAGCCAGUCAGAGCCAGUGGAAUGGAACCAGGUGCCAAUUGGAUUAAUCCCAGCGUACCCGCGGUGCUGUCUGAGGAGGAGGGCUGAGGAUCUGUUGCGACUACAACUCCUGAAUGAGGAUGAAUGGAGAUGUUCUUUAGCUAAGCCUCAAGACAACACUCUGAUUCCACCCCUGUGUGAGCCGGGACAACUUUCCCUCACAGCUGGAGGAGCAAGAGGUGGUGGUGGCGGAGGAGGAGGAGGUGGAGGUGGAAAGGAGCCAGGGUGCCCCAAGCACUGCUGUUGCUGCCGCAGAGGAACGAGGGUCUGAGGAGGAACACGAGGGAGGGGGAGAGGUGGCGGGUGUCAGGCGUCGCAUGGCCGUGCAGAGGCUGGUGGCGGCGGCGGUGGCAGUGGCCCUGCUGUCCCUGGUCCUCAACAAUGUUGCAGCCUUCACCCCCAGCUGGGUCCUGCAGGCGCUGGAGGACGGACGCAAGAGGAGCGUGGGACUGUGGAGGAUGUGCCCCACGGGUGGAGAAAGGGGCCGUGAUGAUCUCCAGACUGGGAGAAGGGGGCAGGGGACACAGAGGCAGUGUGAGGGCCUGGGAUGGGGCUCUGAGUAUGCAGGAUACCAAGAAUCCCGCAGCACUGUCAAACUGCAGUUUGACAUGAUGCGAGCAUGUAACCUGAUGGCAACGGUGGCCCUGACUGCCGGUCAGCUGAUCUUCCUGCUGGGCCUGAUUGAGCUGCCCUUCAUCACACAGGAAUCUCAGUGGUGGGAGGAGGCUAUUGCUGCACUCUUCCAGCUAGCCAGUUUUGUGCUUGUGAUUGGACUUGUGACCUUCUACAGGAUCGGGCCCUACACACAUCUGUCCUACUCCUGCUACCUGGAUAUCGCUGCUUGCCUGCUGGCCACAUUGGCUGCAGCCAUGCUCAUAUGGAACAUUUUACAUCGUCGCGAUGACUGCCUCGCACCUCGGGUUAUAAUCAUCAGCCGCUCACUGGCAUCGCCUUUUCACCCUCGAUUAGACAAUGACUAUGUGGAGUCGCCAUGUUGAGUCACGCCACUUAAGCAGCCAAGCAAAUAGUGUUGGACAUCAUGAGACUCAGAAGAGAAGAGGACAUACCUGUUGCUCUACAGCUGGGCCAACAUGAACCUGCUAAUGUAAAAUGUAUGACAUAAAUGAGAUUACAGAAUUAAUUUGCUGCUUAGUGCACAGUUUAACUCAAUGUUUGUAUGAAGCAGCCCCUAAAAUACACACAUUUUCAAAUGUGCGCGAUGUUUCAUUUACCUAUGAUGAGGUAGCUCAAUACUGAAUCUGGACUGUCUGGUCUAUGGAACACCCUACGAAUGAAAAGAUCAAGCUGGAACUUGACUUAUUCUGUUAGAUGGGCACUUAAUGAAUGCUUCCUGUCAGAUUAUAAAUUGGAAAUUAUAAAUGUUUUUAAAAGUUAUAACAGAUUACCUCACACUUUUUAUAUAUAUUACUAUUAAAGAUAUAUGUUAUAAGUAAGAAGGUAAACUAACAAGGUAAACGUCAAUGAGUCAAACUUUUAAAUAUGGCACUCAGAUCAGGGAACAUUUCAAACAGACAGUAAGAGGUAAUGUUUUGAUCAAAUUAUGCUGUGGCAAUAAAUACUAUGGAAUUAAAAUGGCCUUUCAAUUCAUAUCUGAAUUAAAUGUUUAUUCUA